AUGAGCGACGAUGCAACCCGCGCUGAGGUAGCGGCAAAGCUGCGAGCCGCCCAACAACAGCAGAGCAAUGGUGGAGGCCGCAAGUUGCUCCGUUGGGACGCUGCGCGUUGGCAGCAGUUCGAGCGGAUGCCGCAGUACACGACGCGCGUGAAGAGUGCGCCAAUCUUGCCCAUUCGCGCGCCUCUCUCCUCCAUCUACGAGAUCCAUUUCUCGGCCAGGAAGAGCUAUGCACCUUCCGCUCUCAUGGAGAAGCUCAUUGCAGACACACGCUCAGGCUCCGUGGUGAACGUGGGGCUUGUUAUUGAUGCUACGGGCAGUGACACCUUUCUUCACGACGUCAAGGAGUGGGAUGACUGGGACGUCCAGUACGUCAAGCUGCGCGUUGACUCGCCCGAAGACGACGAGGAGAAGGAUCGUGAUGCUCAUGACGAUAAGAUGGUCGAGGCUUUUUACAAGGCAGUGGUUAAACACCUCAAAGGAGAACGAAAGGACAUGGACGUGGCUGUUUACGGAGCAGAGGGCUACAACUUCGUAGGGUUCCUUAUUGUCAGCUACUUGGUGGAACACUGUGGAUUGAAUUUGGACGCUGCGGUGGAGGAGUUUGCCCAAUCGACUGCGCCUGGAAUCUACUCGAGACAUUAUCUGGAGCGAUUGUACCGCAAAUACUACAGUACACUGCCGUCCGAGUCGACACAGCUCUCAGUUCCUGCUGCUCCGCGAUGGGAAAACGACGAAAAUCGUAAACGUAAGAGCGCAUCAGCAGUUGGCAAUGAGGUUGUGACGGAACAGGAUCGAGCGAACAAGUUUGUGCGGAAAGAGAAGGUGGCGAUGUCAGGUGUCGAGCCCGCCAAGGCUUCUCCGGUCAACAACGGAAAAGCUACCACGCCUAGCGGCUUCCCAACGGCGCCAGUGUACAAAGCCCCGAUGUACAUACCCCCAGACCGCCAGGACCCACGCCCAGCAAAACGUCGUAAGAUCCGGUCGUGGAUAGAUGAGGUGGACCCUUUAACCUACGGCGAGACGCUUGCGACCUCUUCGGAAGAGCACCAGAAGCUGACAAAGUCGCUGGAGAAGCUUACGGGUAUUGAGGGCUUCCCUGGAUGCGAGACUAUUCCUUUUACAGCGACACACGUCGCGGAAGGAGCAUACAAGCGCAAGGGCGGCUUGACCAAGGCUUACCUUGUUACGUGGCGAGCACGAGGUCGCCGUUGUCUUCUCUAUGUCGCUGCCGAUGGAACGUACGUUGUGUCUCGGGACAUGACCUUCACUAAGGCUGAGAUGAAGUUCCCGCGGCGGAGGGCGCCGAAGGAGUUUCAGGCGAACACGCUGAUUGACGGGCUUAUCGUAGAGGACCAAGACCAUGACACGAAAGUGGCCCGAUACCUCGCAUUCGACAUCCUCUUCUUGGAGGGAACACCGAUAUGGCAGAAGAAGCUAGAAAAGCGGCUGCAAUGCUUACAGAACGAGAUCAUCGUGCCGCGCAAAAAUGAUAAAUCGUUCGACUACGCGAAAGAACCUUUCCGCGUGCGUAUGAAAGACCACUUCCGUCUGGCAAAGACUGAGUACAUGCUGACAAAGUUCGCCAAGAGCGUCACGCACGAGGUCGACGGUGUCAUCUACACCCCUGCGGAGGCCCCGUACAACCUCGGUGGAUUCGAGUGCGAGGAGCCUAUUUUCAAGUUCGUUGCUAGUGAAGGCGGAGGCAUUCCUGGUCUAGACGGAAGUAUCUCAGAACAGCGGCUGCUCCAGUACAUCAAUUCCAUGCCGAAAUGA